AUUUGGGUGUUGUUUUGAUGACAGUGAAUGACAUUGAGAAGUUAAUAAAUUUCUUACACCUAAUUAGCGUUUUUAAUUUUCUCUUCCUCCUUCUUAACAUUCCCAAGUUGAUCUCUAGUCCCAAAUUUACUUAGAUCUCUUGUCCAAGUAUAAAGAGUUACAAAAAUGGCGAGUCAAUCAGAAGGAAUCAGAAAGCUUCUUGAUGCCGAGAAAAAAGCUGCUGAAAAGGUCUCUGAGGCUAGAAGGAAAAAGGCAAGAAGACUGAAACAAGCAAAAGAAGAGGCGAUCAUUGAGAUUGAGAAAUUCCGUAAAGAAAGGUUAGAUGCUUUCUCGGCCUAUGAAAAGAAACACAUGGGAUCAAAGGACGACGAGCAAGUAAAGAUUGAACAAGAAACCCGAACCAGAUUGGAUGCUAUGCAUAAAAAAGUGGCCGGUACCAAAGAUAAGGUCAUACAAGAUUUACUAGAUAUGGUUAUUUGUAACGUUGAACCUUCAUUACAUCGUAACUUAAAAUCUUAAUCAUAUUCUACUAUUUUUCCUGCUUUCUCCAAGAUGAUGUGUUUUUUUUUCUUUAUCCUGGUUUUGUUUUGUUAUUUCAAUGAUUUAAGAAAGAAAAAAAAACUAAUAUGUGUGAAUAUUAAUAUUCUUUGGGGGACCUCAUCAGUUAGGCCUUUUGGAAAUCACAUCUCAAUGUAUUCAAGUCAAUUUGCCAUAGUCACAACAAUAGUCCCGGUUUGAAAACGUAAUAUUUAUCACAUGAGUGUAAUCAAGAUGAAAUAAAAACAAAAAAAAGUUAAUCAUGAUUAACAAA